GAGGAAAUUGACGAGAACAAAGUGUUUAAAGAGUAAAUUUAAAUUAACAUUUUUUAAAGGCUGCAGUGUACAAAAAAUGAUGUUAUUUGAAUAAUAUGUAAUGUAUAAUUUUAUAUACCAAAACGAAAUAUGAGUAUAGCUAUGAUCCAAUAAAUAGCUUAAAGUAUUUUUGCGUACUUUAUAGGAACAUUACCAAGCUAGCAACAGAUACCAUUAUCGUGUUGUCAAGAAAACUACGAUGUUGGUGUUGUGUGUUUGUAUAUUUACAUGUAUCAUAUCUUCUUCAAGAGCAAUAGCCAUCAAACGCCAAUGGGCAUCAGAAGUGACAGCAUUUUCUUCACAGUACGACGCAACUCGAUACUCAGCGAAACAGAUUUUGGGAAAACCCAAUAUUUAUCCUCGCUAUGGUGAUAUUCCGGGCACAUGGGCACAGGCAAAUGGACAACUGAACGCAGAUCAGUUCAUAGAGGUCAAGUUUGUUGAAAAGGUGUGGAUUACUGAGAUAAAUAUCUAUGAAACGUUAAAUGCUGGAGCCGUCAAAAGAAUAUUGGCAAAGAACAAAGUGAACCAGUGGAUUGAGAUUUUUAAGGUUUCACAAGCACAUUUAAUCAGAAAGUCUAGGAUAUUUUCACCUGAACUACAAAAAGUAAAUUUUCCUGUAAACGAGUUACGAAUCGAAGUUGAUUGUUCCGUGUCCCAUUCAUGGGUUGAGAUUGACGCAAUUGAACUCGUCGGUGGUGAAGGUGAUUGUCCAGAACAGUUUGAGAAGCUCUGGGACUCCUGUUAUCUGAUCAAAAAAGAUAACGUUUCAGCAGACACAGCAUUUGCUAAAUGUUUGGACAUGGGUGGAUAUCUGGCCAACUUUGAAACUCUUGAAGAGGCUUUGCAAAUGAAAGAAUUUCUAAAGAAAACGAUUACAGGAAUUCAUUUCUACGUUGGGGGAAGAAACAUCAACAGGAGAAAACCCGGUGGGGAUUGGAGAUGGAUUAAGCACGGACAAAUGACUGAGAUGAAAUAUCACGCCUUUGGCGCCGGAGAACCUAAUGGAUCAGACAGUUCUCCCCAAGACUGCAUGUUCUUUUAUGCAAGCGAGCAGUACAUGUUCCAUAGCGUCAAUUGUGAUAAUGGUACAUACCUCGGUGGUUAUAUCUGCGAAGCAUGAACAUUGUUCGUUUC